CCCGCAGCCCUCCAAGUGACGCAACGUGAAAUCUCAGAGCCGUCGUUGUCAGCGUCGAUGAGAGGCUGCAGACUGUGUGCCGGCGACGGGCGUGUGCUGUUGCCGCGGAUAGCAGGGGGAAAUGACGCAAUCACACUGGAUCUACCCAACCCUGCCGCUCUUGCUGUUGCUGCCGUCCGUCGGAAUCGCCACCACGACCACGGCGGUGGUCGUGGAGACGGGUCGCUCAGCCGUCUUCAAGCAUCGGGUGGAGGUGCUGGUGGAAGGGGCAGAGGCCUACGUGGGAACUGGGGCCGUGGAGGCGACCCGCUACAACCAGGACACGCUGGUCCUCCUCACCACUAAGGAUGCCGAAAACACCGAAGCGCCGCUGGUUUCCGGCCCAGGGUCCGGGAGAGCCGUCGUCGUGAAGGGCGCGGGCGGCCGCGUCUCGUCUCUCUUGCACCACGCCCACGAAGAAGCCGCGUCGCUCAAUUACAAGCGUGCGCUCGCGACUCUGCUGACACCAGUUCACCACGACUCCGAUUUCAAGUAUUAUUCGCAGGCGGACGUGUUGGGCUCAUGUGAGGUCCAUUACGAAAAGAAAGGCUUAAAGACGAUGACCUGGCGUGACCUCACUCAGUGCUCGCAUUUUACGUCAGAGAUGGUUCUGGGCGCGCAUAGUCUUCCUCUUCUCCAUCUCGCCCUGGACAUCUUGGGUAGCACCUCCAGCUGCGAGUACUCCUGGAGGGACGCCGCCGGAGGGGAGCUGCAGGCUGUCGAAUGCGUGGAGACGCUGCUGGUUGGGCCGCGCUUCGCCGCCGCCUCCCAGGCCCUGAACGUGACGUUGCGGUCGCAGCUCUUCCUCACGGCCACCACGAGCUUCAACCCGGCCGUCUAUGACUACCUAGAGGAAGCCACCGUAUCGACAGAUUUGGCGUUCCAGACCAUCCCCUACCAAGAUGAAGGCUUGGAUGUGGACGCACUGAUGAAAGAGGCGUGCGCGUCCGAGGGAAGAGGACGGCUGACGGGAAGCCUCCUGCAAAAGAUGUCGCAGCUGGUUCACGCGCUGGCCCGGGGCCCCGCGCCCACGCCAGACCUCAGCUACGCCUGCCCCAUCACUGUCCGGCGCAUGCUGGCGAUCACGACGGCGAUGGCGGGGGGGCCUCGCACGCUGCGCUUCUUCGCCAGCCAGCUGUCGGAACUUGCGAAGAAGCCCGAAGACUCCAUCAAGUUGGGUGAAGACUUCAUGUUCAGCUUAGCUUUAAAGACCCUCGUGCGAACCGACCACCACACCAAGGACCAGCUCUUGCCUGCUUUGUUUCUCAGCAGGGAGUAUGAAAUGAUUUACGAAGAGCUGUUGGAUUACCUGUUGUCCCAAACUCCUGUGGCGGUGGCGGAGGUGGCGGAGCUUCUCGAGGGGCUGCAGAAGGUGGCGCCGCAGCUCUUUGAGAGGCUCUUGACGAAGGCGGCGCCCUCUCUCUCACCGGCGGAGGCCUGUGAGACCGGCGACCACGCAGAGGCAGUGAGGUUGCUUCGGGCAGUAAGCGGUCUGACCGCCCGCCCGCGCGGCUACGUCGCAUCACUCCGCCCAUGUUUCGCCACCGAUGAUGUGGGUGUUGCAGUUGCUGCCAUGGACACACUCACUAAUGUUGACUGUAACAUCCAGGGCGUGACCGAACUGCAAAACCUCGGCCUCGACAGUUCUUCCGAUCCCGAGAUACGCAUCGCGGCUUAUCGGGGCCUCGUGCACUGCCUUCCCGAGCAGCCCUCGCUCCUCGAGACCGUCGCCAAGGCGCUCGACCCUAAGCACGACAUUUACUCAACGCAGGUCUCUUCGUACGUCUGGAGCCACAUUCAGUCUGUGCUUUCUUCGGACGACCCGCGCUACGUGGCGCUGCGGGAGCUCUUCCUCUCUGCACCAGCCGUCAUGAGGAGCGACGACCCCGUGUGGUACGACCCCCGACAACACUCUCGCCACUUUGCCCACACACUGCACCUGGACUCACGCACCGCCCUCACCCUCGAGGGGGACCUGGUGUGGGGGCGCUACUCCCCCGCUCCCCGCGCACUCUACCUGCAUUUGGUGCUUCACCACGACGGCAUUACACACCAGAUCGCGCAGGUGGUCCUACGUGUGACAGGAGUGGAAGCGAUGCUGCUGAGCCUGCCCGGGAUGGAAAGUAUCCUGGAGACAGCAUCCCAUGCCCUGAAGCAGACUUGGACAGCCUUAUACAGCCUCGUGGAAGAUUCCAUCAAGAGCAAGAGAGAAGUCACACAGGAUCAAAUAGCUGAGUUUAUCCAACAGGUGCUGUCCCGAAUACCAGCGGAGUAUCGGGCCGGGAUGUCUAGCAUCGAGGUGUCCCUUCGAAUGCUGGGAACGCAUGCCCUCCACGCUCGGCUCGCUGACCUCCACAGUCUCUCCUUGCUGGAUGCGCUGGCUCACUUUUUGCAGUCUCCUAUACAAACUGCUCUGAGUGAUCUGGCACCGCUUCUUGACAACACCUUCACCAUGGCCACCGUCUCGGGCGUCCCCGUCAUGCUCGGGCCUGAGCGGGGUGGGCGGCAUGCAGGCCAUGCUCAUGCACUACGCGGGGGGCGAAGGGGGCUUGCUCGAGACUUCGCUCAGUGCUGGAAUGGCCAUGAGUGCGAAGGUGGACAUAGGCCACGGUCGCCCCCUCGCCCUCGCCAGCAACUACCUCUGGUCCCUCGACCUCCCUCUGAGCGCCAGCUACAACUACAAGGAGUCAGGCAUGAGGGUAAGUCUCCGCUUGCCCCAAGACUGGACAGGCCGUGUAUGGCAAGACCAGCGCGACACAGCGGUAGGCAGCAAACGCCUUCAGCUGAGAGUAACACAGGAAUGCCUAGGAUCAGAAGAUGCUGUGCAAGUUUGUAUGGAUUCCUGGGAGAGCGAUGAGCCCAGUCUUGGCUUCGACAGUGUGCUGGAGAAGAGGUGGCUUGCUCCCCAUGUCCGCACCUACAACUUGCAGAUGGCUGCGCCUGGAGACCCAGUCAUCAUCACCAUCACUGACCCCGAAGUCCCCAGAACAAACAUGCGUCUGGUGGAGGUGGAGUUUGGGAGCCGCAGGUUCGAGGCCUCCGUGGUGUUCCAGCUGCUGCCGUCGCCGUCCUUCGUGCUCAGCUUCAAGUCGCCCGAGCAUUCCUACUUCGUGAAAG